UGGGAUCAAGCCAGGCGGGGAAUGCGCAAGCUCGGCCCCGGCGAAGACGGACGCCCGAAGUCCAUCGGCAUCAUGGCGCUUUGGCGGCCGGCGCUGCUGCUGCUCCUCCUCCUCCUGCUCCGAUACAGAAUCCUGGCAGUAGAGCUGAUCUCUAAAAACAUCAAUCCGGUGGUGGAAGAAUUUCAACAGGCCGAACUGUCCUGCAUUAUUUCUGCCACCAAAACGGCGAAUCCUAGAAUCGAAUGGAAGAAAAUUGCCGGCCGAGGUACAACAUACGUGUAUUUUGACGGCAAGAUGCAAGGAGAAUGGGCGACCCGGGCCCAGCUCAGCAGCAGGACAUCGCUGACCAUUUACAACGUCACCCGAGCUGACAAAGGCAUCUACCGGUGUGAGGUCGUAGCUCCCGAUGACGCCAAUCUCGGUGCAGAGAUCAACAUUAACCUGACCAUUCACGUCAAACCAGUGGCCCCCAAGUGUCGGGUGCCCCCCUCUGUUCCUGUGGGAAAACCCGCCACCCUCUAUUGCCAAGAAAAGGAAGGAUUCCCAGAGCCAAAUUACAGCUGGUACCGUAAUGAUGAAACGUUGCCACUGGAUUCCAAAGCCAGCACUAAGUUCCAGAAUUCUUCCUUUACGGUGAACCCCAAAACUGGCACGUUGGCCUUUGCCGAAGUCCAGAAAGGAGACUCCGGUCGCUACAGCUGCAGAGCCAAGAACGUCGUGGGCGAAGCCUGGUGUGAAGGGAUAGAAAUGGAAGUUUAUGACCUUAAUGUUGUUGGGAUCGUGAUCGGCGUAUUGGUGGUGCUGGUCGUUCUGUCCCUGACUACAGUGGGGAUCUGCUGUGCCUACAGGAAUGGUUUCUUUGUCCACAACAAACAAAAUGGAAACAGCUACAAGACUCCAGCGAAGCCAGAUGGCGUGAAUUAUAUUCACACAGAUGAGGAGGGUGACUUUAGACACAAGUCCUCCUUUGUGAUAUGAAACGGCAGAGACACUUGGAUUUGGCCCGGCGGCGAGAGCAGAGCGCAGAAAACCUUCCUCUCAACUCCUCCUUGCGCAAGGGGCGACCGCUGAUGUGUGUGUGUGUGUGUGAACGUGACCCUUUUUUACUCCUUUCUAAAACAUUUACAGGCACCCGGGUGCAAUGGCCGGUGGCUGGUUUUAUUUUUUAUUUUUUUAAAAAAACUUUGUUGUUGCCAAAGUCAAACCCUGGUUUUUUAAUUGCCAAACUGCCAUCUUCCACUCCAGAAGCAACCGUCGCCAACACCAGGUGGAGAGACUUCAACCUCUGGCAGGAGAAAAAACUGCUUCUGUGAAAAUCUCUGGGGAUCUACUACACCGAGGCAGCAUCGAAAACAAACUUCUGCUCCAGUCUAGUCGCUCUCCUCUGCUUUAGGCAGACUUCGAUUGCCCUUUCCCAGGCCAGGCUGUGCAUUCCAAGCAUCUCUUUGGGUUGCUAAGCAACAGCAUACAACAACAACAACAAUAACACAACAAAAAGCCAAGCCUUCUGACUUUUUGAACUCUGGUACCCAGGACUGAAGACCGAAUUUUUCUCCUGUUCCUUCUUGCGUUUGUAGAAUUCUGCAGUCUAAUUAUUUUUCUCUCUUUUUGGGGGUGGGGUUUUUGUUUGUUUUUGGCAAAGAUGUAUUUUGAUUACUUUUUUUUAAAAGUCCUUUUUGUGUUUUUUUUUUAUUUAAAAUGUAAAUAGGUUGGUAGGCCAAACGGUGUUAAUUGUAAUAACGUAGUGACUUUUGCAGGGUUUCUGGUUCAUGCUGUCCAGUACUGAUUCCAGCCAUUAUCAGUAUUAACCGAAAGUGCAGAAUAUGCCGUGGGGCAAAACACUUUAUUCCUUUCAUGGGGUAGGACAUUUAUCUUCCCUUUGCAGAAAAAUAGGAGCACAAUCAAAAGACUUGUCCAACUAGCAAGAACAUAAAGAGGAGGCCUUAAAGGUGUAUUGAAUUAUUUUGUAAGUGGUAGGCAUCUUAUGAUUAUGACAAGAUGCCCAAAACAGACGCUCCCAAAUUCAUUUGAGGGGUGCUCAAAAGUUACUGAGUUCUAAAUUUUGGAUGGGCCCUUUAGGUCCUGGGAAGGCUAAAACCAUACAGCAGUUGUCAAAUGAAACUCCGUGAUUUAGCCAGCCAAAAAUGGAGGGAACUCUGAUCUUAUGUGCAUCAUCUCCCUUUAUUGACAGUUCCACACGGGAAAACACUUAUCUCGUCCGUUGAAGAAAAAGAGGAAAGAGAGGAUGGAGUGUAGUUAAAUCUGCAAUUCCCUCUCUAAUUUUUCUGUUCAGGUAAGUAUGGGAGCUGCCAACCUAUCCGGCCUAUAAGCAAGCAACUCCUAGCAAUUCCCACAGCAGCAGCUGUGGUCUUCUCUGGUCUACAGCAGAAGCAUCAAAGCUUGGAAACUUUAAGACUUGUGGACUUCAGUUCCCAGAAUUCCCUAGCCAGUCGUGCAUGGCUGGCUGGGGAAUUCUGGGAGUUGAAUCCACAGGUCUUAAAAGUGCCAAGGUUGGAUACCCUUGUUUUACAGCAAGGAUCUUACGAUUUGCUGUGUUGGAAAAAGUGACUUUUUCUCCCCCAAAACGCAAUAUUUUUUAAGGACAUCCUUUUCAGCUUCCAAGUUCAUAGUCUUAAUUCUGAACGGAGACAGUAUUUUUUUUUUAUUACCUACGAAGAUGUAGGACUGGGUUUGUUGAUCUUCUGUAUUAACCUGCCUUAGAAUAGCCAACACAUUGGAUCGGUUUGCUUUAUCUUUUUUUAAGGAAGUUGAGAAGACCGUGGUGCAUUUCAUUUCUAACAGUUUUAAAUUCCAAGGAUAAAGUGGCACUAAAUUUAAGGCAGGGGAGGGGAUGUCACAGUGUGCCCCAAUGUUACAAUGUGCCCCAAUCCAGCCAACUUGGUUUGAUUUUAACCGUGGCUACCUCGGCAUUUGACCAAAGCAAGGUGUUUAUCCACUGCCAAUUUUUUUUUUUCUUUUUCUCUGUCAACUUUAUUUAUGAUCGAAUGAGGUUGCCUUCUGGAUCAAAAUGGCUUUUCCUUCUGCCUUAGUAUGUUCACUAACCCUUUUCCAAGGCUGCCUACCUGACACCCAAAAACAGGAAAAUCCUUGAAUAUUUAGUGGAGAACGAAAAAUCGAUACUGCUUGCCUUCGGGAUAUAUCUACACCAGAGGUGUCCAACCUUGGCCAUUUUAAGGCUUGUGGACUUCAACUCCCAGAAUUCCCCAGCCAGCAUGGGAAAUGGCUGGGGAAUUCUAGGACUUGAAGUCCACAAGUUCUUCAAGUCACCAAGGCUGGACACCCUGGUCUACAUUGUUACACUCGUAACCUGGAUUAAUAGGUAGGGUUGACCACCAAGGACAGGUUAGAAAUCAAAGGAGACUGAAUCUCAUAGUUGGACCAUCUUCUUUGCAAAACUAAGUUUUGCAUGCUAGAAAGCAGGUUCAAGGAAUUUUGAUUCUCGGUAGGCUUUGGCAGGUACAAAGUUCAGUUGACCAGCAGGAUUAGGGCCUCUAGGCAUGGUUUUUGGCGCCAGGCUGAUGUUGAGAAGGUCAACUCAACUUGAGGUGCAGCAUGAUCUUCCCAUUUUGCUGUUCGACUCUUGUUCUGCCCAAUGCUGAGUAUGAUAAGAGCAGUGGAAUAUGUUAGAAGAGUUAUCUAUACCUGAAGAACCUAAGAUCGUAGAAGGUCAGAGGUGAGUUAGGCUGGGAGUUGUCACACAACUUUGUUGGGAAUGAAGCAGAUGGGGACUGCUCAGCCUAUAAUCAUUUAUCAACUAUGGGGAAGAUUCUUCAGGGUUUGAAACACCAGUUCGUUACCUGCAGAGAUUUUUCCGUAGCAACUUAAACAGGUUGGUGAUUUAAGGUAGUAUAAUCUAUCAUUCAAACCCUCGAUCUGUGCCAGAUUGGCAUGGCUCAUUAACGUAUUUCUUACUUUAAGGAACGGGGUGAUCCAGAUCCUAGAAAGGACUAUUAGUGGCAUGGGAUGAGUCAAUUGAAAUUUCUUCCACCAAAGUCAGGUCAAUUAAUCCUGGUUAAAUUUGUAAAGGGCACAAAUGCUUCCAAGUGACUUCUUCAAAAGCGGUCAUCUUAUGUGAGUUAGAAACUCUUUCCAAAGAUUUACAGUCUUUUGGGUCUCAAAAAGGCACCAUUGGAAAUCUCUUUCAACAAACAGGUCUCCACAAAACGCAUUGUAAAUACUUGAUCAGUUUGUACUAAUGUAUUGCAUAAAACUUUGCGGAGAAUGUUUUACAUAAAUAUAUAUAUAAAAGUU